AUGGCUCCGGAACACUGUCAAUCCACAGACCCCACCUCAGUCAUCAUCUUAUCUCAACGUGCAAACCACUCCAUAUGCGAUACUCCUAAUACGGAGGAUACCUCGUAUUCCCUAAUCGAUGACCACAAACGAAGGAAGGUUCGUGACCUGAGUCACCGUUACCACAGAUGA